UUGAAAGAAGCGAGAAGCUAGAAAUGGAGAAAGCGAAUAGGGCGAUGACGAUAUUGAUGCGGACGAAGAUAAGUGUUUCUGAUGCUUUUAUCCGCCUCGGAGAAACUAGUAAUCGUACGAAAUUUGUCUCUUUCUCUUCUCAAGCUUUAACCCCAAAAUUCGCAAUAGAGAAUCGAUGCCGUGAAUUGAAUACUAUAAAUGAUGCAGUUGCUUUGUAUAAUCAAAUGACUCAUACGCAUCCCCGACCUUCCAUUGUCGAAUUUGGUCGGUUAUUGACUGCGAUUGUGAGAAUGAAGCAUUAUUCUACUGCGGUCUCCCUUUUCAAACAUAUGGAGCUGCUGGGUAUCCGGCACAGUAUUUAUACCUUGAGUAUAUUGAUUAAUUGUUUCUGCCGCCUACAUCGUGUGGAUUAUGGUUUCUCUGUUCUUGGUAAAACCUUUAAACUCGGCCUAUCACCCGAUAUGGUAACACUCAAUACCCUUAUCAAUGGAUUGUCUAUGGAGGGUAAUGUUGCCCGUGCGACAAGGUUUUUUGUUGACAUUGUUGAUAAUGGUUUCCAGCCUAAUGCAAUUACCUGCAACUUGCUUGUAAAUGGCUUGUGUAAAUUAGGCAGGACGAAUGAAGCUAUUUGUUUGCUUGAGAAGAUGGAAGAUAGGGGUUAUAGGCCUGAUGUGGUAACAUAUAGUACAAUAAUUGACGGCCUAUGCAAGGAUAAUUUGCCCUUUGAAGCUUUAAAUUUGUAUUCCGAAAUGGUGCAUAAAGGCAUUUCACCUACAAUUUUCACUUACAAUUCCUUAAUUCAAGGUGCAUGCAAUUCAAGCCAUUGGAAGGAGGCAGUGAGAAUGUGGAAUGAAAUGUUGGGUAUGGACAUCAGCCCAGACCUAGUUACUUUUAAUAUACUGAUUGAUAUGUUUUGUAAAGAAGGCAGGGCUUUGGAGGCUCACGUUGCUUUUAAAAAGAUGAUUGAUUAUGGCUUGGAGCCAAAUGUUGUCACAUACAGUGCCUUGAUGGAUGGAUAUAUUUUGCAAGGAAAAAUUGACGAGGCAAUGAAAGUGUUCCAUUUGAUGCUUCAGAAAGGUUGUAGACCCAACGUGUUUACUUACAGCAUUUUAAUGAACGGAUAUUGUAAGAGUAAAAAGGUAGAUGAGGCAUUAAGCCUCUUAAAUGAAAUGUCUCAAUGGGGAUUGUGCGCUAACGUCGUUACCUACGAUACUCUUAUAAAUGGAUUAUGCGAAGUGGGGCAGCUUGGGCUUGCUCAGAACCUUGUUAGGGAGAUGCUUGCUCGUGGCCAAAUUCCUAAUGUAGUUACUUACUCAGCUUUGCUUGAUGGCUUCUGUAAACAUGGAUGUUUUGAUGAGGCAAUUGAACUAAUCAAGAAAAUGCAUGAAAGUAGUAUAGAGCCUGAUAUUACAACAUAUACUAUCCUUAUCGAUGGUAUGUGCCGAAUGGGAAGGCUUCAUGUUGCAAGGAAGGUAUUUUCUAGCCUCUUUAUUAAAGGUUUACGGCCUCAUGCAUGUACAUACUGUGUAAUGAUUAAAGGACUUUGCAAGGAAGGGUAUUGCAGCGAAGCAUAUGAAUUGUUCAGAAAAAUGGAAGAGGGUGGGUGCUUACCUGAAAGCUCCUCUUAUAAUGCAAUAAUUCAAGGUUAUCUCCAUAACAAUGAUACAUCAAUGGCAAAGAAACUUCUUGUGGAAAUGGUUGGCAAGGGAUUCUCAACUGAUGCGUCCACUGCAGAUAUGUUUAUAGAUAUCAUAUGCAGUGGUCUACUGAAAUCAUGGUAGUGAAAACAUUGGACACCAUGGAAACUACCUGGAGGAGGAUUUAGCCUUUUUGUGCUGGUUUGAAGCAACUUGAUUGAAGACUAUGGACAGUUGAGGAGCAGCAAGCAUUUUUGACGGGUGUGAAACAACUUGGGAUGAGUGAAUGGUGUGAAGGUGUUGAAGGAAGUUUGUGGAAACAUAGACUUAAACUUGCAGGCUAUAAAAACAGUUCAAGGUUUCAUUCAAUUUCCCCAAUCUCUGUGCAGAUUACUCCUCUUUCAAUUUACAUAGUUGCAUACUAAUUAAUUAUCCAACUUUCCUAUGCCAUAAUUCGCAUACCAUGGAUAAGAUCUAAUCAAAGCCAAUUCAAUCUAGAUUGUUUUUAAUACUUUCUUAGCCAAAAAU